AAGAGAUCAUUGAUUCCAUUAUGUGUGCGUCAGCCAAAUAUAACAGCCGGGGUCCAGCCCUCAUCCCGAGAAUGAAAACCAAGCAUCGCAUCUACUACAUCACCCUCUUCUCCAUAGUCCUGCUUGGCCUCAUUGCUACGGGCAUGUUCCAGUUCUGGCCGCACUCCAUUGAGUCGUCCAGCGACUGGACUGUGGAGAAACGCAGCGUCCACGACGUGCCCGUGGUGAAGCUCCCUGCCGACAGCCCCAUUCCCGAGCGAGGAGACCUCAGCUGCAGGAUGCACACCUGCUUCGACGUCUACCGCUGCGGCUUCAACCCCAAGAACAAGAUCAAGGUGUACAUCUACUCGCUGAAGAAGUACGUGGAUGAGUACGGGACGCCGGUCAGCAACACCAUCUCCAGGGAGUACAACGAGCUGCUGACUGCCAUCUCUGACAGCGAGUUCUACACCGACGAUGUCAACCGGGCCUGCCUUUUUGUGCCCUCCAUAGAUGUCCUCAACCAGAACACGCUCCGUGUCAAGGAGACGGCUCAGGCCUUGGCACAGCUCUCCAGGUGGGAUCGAGGCACAAAUCACUUGCUCUUCAAUAUGCUGCCUGGGGGGACACCGGAUUAUAACACUGCGCUGGAUGUUCCUAGAGAUAGGGCUCUGUUGGCUGGUGGAGGCUUUUCCACGUGGACUUACCGGCAAGGCUACGAUGUCAGUAUUCCCGUCUACAGCCCACUCUCCGGGGAAGUGGAUCUGCCGGAAAGAGGACCAGGCCCUCGCAGGUAUUUCCUCUUGUCUUCCCAAAUGGCUCUGCACCCCGAGUACCGCGCCGAGCUGGAGGCUCUUCAGGCCGAGAACGGGGAGUCCGUKUUGAUCCUGGACAAAUGCACCAACCUCUCGGAUGGGGUCCCUGCCAUUCGCAAACGCUGUCACAAGAACCAAGUCUUCGAUUAUCCUCAGGUGCUGCAGGAAGCCACGUUCUGCGUCGUCCUGCGCGGAGCCCGCCUGGGACAGSCCGUGCUGAGUGACGUUCUUCAAGCUGGCUGCGUCCCGGUCAUCCUUGCUGAUUCCUAUAUCUUGCCUUUCUCUGAAGUUUUGGAUUGGAAGAGAGCCUCUGUUGUCAUCCCAGAAGAAAAGAUGCCUGAAAUGUACAGCAUUCUGCAAAGUGUUCCUCAGAGACAAAUUGAAGAGAUGCAAAGACAGGCAAGGUGGUUCUGGGAAGCAUAUUUUCGAUCAAUGAAAGCAAUUGCUCUUGCUACCCUUCAGAUUAUCAAUGACCGAAUUUACCCAUAUGCUGCCAUUUCUUAUGAAGAAUGGAAUGAUCCCCCAGCUGUGAAAUGGAGCAGUGUGAGUAACCCGCUCUUCCUUCCACUGAUCCCACCGCAGUCCCAAGGUUUCACAGCUAUCGUGCUGACCUACGACCGCGUCGAGAGCCUCUUCCGAGUCAUCACUGAAGUGUCCAAAGUGCCCAGUCUCUCCAAACUGCUGGUUGUCUGGAACAACCAGAACAAGAAUCCCCCCGAAGAUUCCCUAUGGCCCAAGAUUCGGGUUCCACUGAAAGUUGUUAGAACUGCAGAAAACAAACUUAGUAACCGCUUCUUCCCCUAUGACGAGAUUGAAACAGAGGCAGUGUUGGCUAUUGAUGAUGAUAUCAUUAUGCUGACCUCGGAUGAGCUCCAGUUUGGAUAUGAGGUUUGGCGUGAGUUUCCCGACAGGCUGGUGGGGUAUCCAGGGCGCCUGCAUCUCUGGGACCACGAGAUGAACAAAUGGAAGUACGAAUCCGAAUGGACCAAUGAAGUCUCAAUGGUGCUCACCGGGGCAGCCUUUUAUCACAAGUAUUUUAACUAUCUUUACACCUAUAAAAUGCCUGGAGACAUCAAGAACUGGGUGGAUGCCCAUAUGAACUGUGAAGACAUUGCCAUGAAUUUUCUGGUGGCAAAUGUCACUGGCAAAUCAGUCAUUAAGGUGACCCCACGGAAGAAGUUCAAGUGUCCCGAAUGCACAGCAAUCGAUGGGUUAUCGCUGGACCAGACACACAUGGUGGAGAGAUCCGAGUGCAUCAAUAAGUUUGCCUCUGUCUUCGGGACCAUGCCUCUGAAAGUGGUGGAGCACCGGGCAGACCCCGUCUUGUACAAAGAUGACUUUCCAGAGAAACUGAAGAGCUUUCCCAAUAUCGGCAGCUUGUAGAGGCAGCUGUGAGGCAAACCCGUGGGCUCCACGUCAGGGCUGAGGAGGUGCUAGGAAGGAUGCAAAGCCCUGAAGAAGAUGAUGCAAGGAAGCAGGUUACGUCCGAGAGGGAUGGUGGAUCGGUCCUGCCUUCACGUUGCACAGAUGUGCAGUGCAAAGCUGAACAACUGCCUCUCUGUCGCAUAUGGAGGGUUGAACCCAUUCAUGGCUCCUAUGAGAAAUGUCAAAACAAACACUUUUUCUCCAAAGGAGGCUGUGCACCUGCAGAAUAAAACGGAAUCUCGCUCUGUGGUCUGGCUGGCACGACUGACCUCUUCUUUUGAGUGUGCUGGAGCCCCCUUUGAUGUGUAAGCAUCCAUCCAUUUGAAGCAACUGUCUACUGCUGUCUUUUGGGAGGAGCUUAGUUCCUAUGGGAUUGGUGGGCCCCUGUCUCCCAAGCUUAAUUGUUGGCUUAAGUAACUGUGUAACAAAUGGCUUUUUCUCCAUAGUGAGACAAAUGUUUAUUUUUUACAACAGCAGCAAAAAAAAUCUGUUUUGUCACAUGGCGUAAAGAAUGAAGUGUUUUAUUACUUGAAAACUGUUUUAAUGCAAAUUGGGACACAGAGCAGCUAGGGUGGCCCCUCUGAAAGCAGGGAGACCUGCAGGGUAGAACUCCAGGUGCUUCACCUCCUCUUUCUGCUGAAAUCUCAGGUUUUCUGCUGUGCCUGUACAAGAGAUUGUGACUCAGGUGUCAAAAUUAGUCAUGUUAUAAGUAAAAGAUGCAUCUUUAAGUCAGCCUCUACUUUUCCUUCUCUUCAUCAAGACAGAGCAGGCAGGUUAUAGUUUUACAUUAUAGCCAUACAUUGGAACAGCAGCUAUGAAUUAACAUUUGAACACCCAAGGCCUCUUCAGCAGUCAGUGUGUUGCAGUUCUGAUUUGUAAAACACUUCAAUUUACAGAAAUUGCCAGUUCCAGCUUUGAUGUGCACAUCCCUGUGUACAUAGGUGCAAAACACUAAUAAUGAACAAUGAUGCAUUAAGGCUCUGUAAAUUACCACUUUUGGAAAAACUGCGGGAUCUUAGCUUACUAUUUAAGAGAAACUUGAAAUUUCUUAGAAGAAGUGGAAUUAUUUCUCAAAACUAAAAUUAACUUGAUUUAAAAAAAGAGAUGUGGCAAAGUCAGAAAUAUAAUUGCCGUUAUCGAAGGGUCUCUUGUCCUUUGUUAUUAGAGAUGAUCCUGAGUUGGGCUGGAAAAGAAACUUUCCUAUUACCAGGACUCGCCUGCUGUUGGGGUCUCCCUUGCUGCCAGUUGCAGAGCUCUCCUCACCGGGCUGUUUUCUGUUCCACUGCGGGCAUCCUCCUUGCUCAGGUUUAGCCAAAACCCCAAACAAUGGGACAAGUGUUAGGCAUCAGAGUCCCCCCUCUCCUAAACUGCAGAGGCAGCAGUGUCAGAAACCAAAUGAAAGUCAGGCUGGGAACAGGAAACAUCUGCUCCUGUUUGUCUCACCCCCACUAAGACUUAUCUGACUGCCCGAUGCCUUGGAUGUGCUGUGGAUGAAGCCACAGAUGAUUUCAGAUGAUUGCUGGAUUAUUUUUAGGUGGCGGUAGCCAGAGAAACCCUCCUGAAUUGGCCUCCAGUUGCAAGUUAGCAGGAGGCAACAGGUCCCCUGUCUGUGUCCCAAAGCUUGUGGGCUCGUUCCCCUUCCUCAAAAUGCCCAGUGACCAGCAUCUGACACGUCUUGUCCUGUCACAUUUUGCAGCUGCUUUUAUAUGGCAGUCUCAUCUAAAUGAUGAAUAAAAUGUCUGUUUGUGUCAUGGAGAAAUUUGGGCUAUUGGCAGAUCUCUAAAAUGCCCUGCUUCCCCCCCAUGUCUGUAAUUCUGUUGGCUUUAAUGCA